UGUAAGAAAAUUAUAUACGAGCAGUAAAACAUGUAAAGCUAGAACAAAAUGGAGAUCUUUCAAUGGAAAUUAUUUUUAAUUUUUUGUAGUUUUUUAAUUAUGUAUCUGAUAUUUAUGCAAAAUUCAUCGUUCAAAAAAAGUUACAAAAAACCAAGUUUUUACCGUAUCUUUAACCAAGGCUUAAAUAUUACAUUCAACACAUAUGAAAACAUUAGGCCAGGUUUAUCAAUUCAAGAACGAAAUUUUUUUAUACUGACAUACACAACUUUUUUUGGUGAUUCGUUUCCUAUACACCCUUCAUCUGAAUGUGGUUUUAACACUUCUAGCUUUCAAGUAACAAAUGAUAAGGAACAGUUUAAGAGUAGUAAUGUGGUAAUGUUUCACUCGCGCAACAUGCCAUCCUUGCAAGAGUUGAUACACCUUAAUAACUUGAGAGGAAAAGACCAGCUAUGGAUUUAUUUUACAAUGGAGUCUAUAUACAAUAAUCCAGAUGUUACUGAUAUAGACAAAUAUUUUAAUGCUUCCGCAACAUACGGAGUUGAUACCGAUAUACCGUUCCCUUACAGAUAUCAUAAAAAACGCUUAGAAGUUGAUGAAAACUAUAACAAAGAUCGUUUUUUAAACAAAACAAGAAUGGUUGCUUGGACUGUGAGUAAUUGUAACGCUGAUGCUAGAAACAAACUUGCAUUGAAGUUGAUAUCGUAUGGUGUCGAUAUUGAGGUUUCAGGAGGGUGCGCGGGAAGUUUUCCAAAGCGUUUUUCAUCAAAAUGUCGAGGAAGACCUUGUUAUGAAGAUCUACGCGAUUUUAAGUUUUAUUUUUCUGCUGAGAAUUUUUUAUGUGACGGUUAUAUCACAGAAAAGUACUGGAAUACUGGACUUGAUAACAACGUAAUACCUAUAGUUCUAGGAGGUUCCAACUAUUCUGAUCCAAGAUUAGCAAUUCCAGGCUCAUAUAUCGAUGCUAUGAGUUUUGAUUCUCCUAAAACCUUGGCUGAUUAUAUUUUAGACGUUAGUUCAGAUUCUACAAAAUAUAACUCUUUCUUUGAGUGGAAAAAACAUUGGCAGUUAGAUAGCUCUAGUUUUUUUUGCAUGCUUUGUGAUAAAUUAAGAAAUGGUAUUAAUUUUCGAAUAAAUCCUUUAUUAAAAACAAUGAAUGUAGAGAAAUGUAUUCGGCCACAAGAAAAGUUCAACAUUUGGAUAAACAAAAGUUAAUUAAGUUUUUUAUAUAGAAUAAAACACAUUUAAAACCUCA